UCAUAGUAUAUGAUCUCAUCUCAAAGUCCAUUCUACACAAUUCUCUCUCAUCAUCUUUGCUAUUACCUCUUUUUCCAAACUCUAAAAAUUUUUAGUUCCACAAAACCAAACCAAAAUGGCAGCAGCCUCGGCCUCAUCCACCAUGAUAUCAACACCAGCCUUAUCUCCAAGCACAAGCAUCCAAAAGCACCAUCAUUUGAAGCCAUCCAACGUGUGCUUUCAAGGCCUUAGACCCCUCACAAGGUUCACAACCAAAGUGAGCAGCACCACCAAAAGGGUUAUUCCAAAGGGUGGUGUCGGUGUUAGAGCUGAACUCAACUCAGCACUUGUCAUAAGCCUCAGCACUGGGCUCUCCCUCUUCUUGGGGAGGUUUGUGUUCUUCAACUUCCAAAGGGAGAACGUGGCAAAGCAAGUGCCUGAGCAGAACGGACUCACACACUUUGAGGCUGGUGACACACGUGCCAAGGAGUAUGUCAGCCUCCUCAAAUCCAAUGACCCUGUUGGAUUCAACAUUGUUGAUGUCUUGGCUUGGGGCUCCAUUGGCCAUGUUGUUGCUUACUAUAUCUUGGCCACCACUAGCAAUGGCUAUGACCCUGCAUUCUUUGGCUGAUUUUCAUCACGUUCCAUUGUCUUUCUUUGCUUACUUUUUACUAUGUUAUAAUGUAAUCAAUGUCAUCAUGUAUAGGUUCUCUCUAAGAUCCAACAAGUUCAGCAUAUGCUAAUUUGGUCACUCUUUUCGCCUGCUAUUUGGUUAAUGGAAAAUGGAUUCUCUUUAUUAUCAUGUUCCA